AUGGUUGCGCAAUCGCUGGCCUCGCUGUUGCAGCGGGCGUCGAUUGACGAUCACGAAGAAGUCAUCCAGUCAUGCAAUGCUGUCCUCGCCAAAUCCAAGUCCGAUUUGAAAGCGCAGCACAUCAAGGUUGUUGCUUUAAUAAAACUUGAUCGCUACGAGGAGGCACUCAAGACGUUCGAGGCCGGAGGGGACACAUUGAAGAAGCGCGCGGGAUUGGAAUAUGCUUAUGCGUCGUACAAAUGCGGCAAACUGGAAGAAGCUACCGAAGCGGUAACUAAUGUGGCAGCUGGACGUGGUGCCAGUCAUCUAGAGGCACAAGUGCUCUAUCGUGCUGAAAACUUCAAGCGGGCAGCCGAGCUAUAUGAACAACUGUCCCAGGACACAACAUCUCACAGCCAUGAGGUCAACGAUCUGAAUAUCAAUUCGUGGGCCACCGAUGCACAGCUACAAUGGAAAGGACAGCCCGAAUAUGUGCGCCACGACCGGUUGUCGAGAGAGGAUCUGGAAUCAUUUGAGACAACGUAUAACGCGGCUUGCCUGAACAUGGCAAAGGGAGCAUUCAAACAGAGCGAAAUUUUGCUGAACCGCGCUCAAAAUAUUUGUCGCACGUCGGAGGACCUUUCGGCUGAAGACAAGGACGCAGAACUCUUGCCAAUCAUGGUGCAGCAACUAUACGUGUUGAUUCGACUUGGAAAGUUGGAAGAGGCCGAAGUGCUCCUUCAAGAUAUCUCCGUUGAUAAGAUUUCCGAACUAUCAACGAAGAAGAUUGCGCGCAACAACAUUGUCCUUGCCCGCCAGACCACAGUGAAUCCUUUCAUCUUAUACAAGGCCCUCCAUGACACUCCUGAUGCCAUCAAUAACGACCGGUUGUUCGAGUUCCAGGAUCGUGAUCUUGUUGGCAACUCACAUGCCGCGGAUCUGCUUGUUCAGAAAUACGAGGGAAUAAUCCGCUCUACGAGCAAAUCGCUGUCCAAACGCCCAACGCCCUCUACCGAUGCUUCAACCAACCUCCUUUCCGUCUACAAUGCUGCAGCCCAGGCAGAAGGCCAAACAGGACAAAAGGCCCUCUCCAAGAUCGCACCCUUGCUGGAGCGCCGCCCCACAGACCUUGGUCUGCUUCUCACCGUGGUUCAGCUCUACGUCAACAGCGGCAACACCACCUCAGCCAUCACAGCCAUUGAGCGAACUCUCCACAGCCUUGAAGAGUCAAUUUCCGAAACGGAUCAGUCUACCCGCUUCAACCCCGGCCUCCUCAGCGUUCUGGUCUCUCUCUACCAACUUGAAGGCCGCAAGGUCCAGAUCCGCACAGUUCUGGCCCAAGCCGCAGCCCACUGGCGCGUAAAGUCCGAGCCACCUGUGUCUCUUCUGCGUGCCGCAGCAGCCUCCCUCCUGCAUUCCGAAGAUCGCGCCGACCUUACUACUGCCGGCGAGAUCUUCCGUGCCCUUCACCAGCAAGACGCCAACGACCGAGUUGCUAUUGCCGGCUACGUUGCCUCCCAGGCAACCCUCAACUAUGAGCAGGUCGAAUCUCAACUUGACCGCCUACCAGAGGCUAGCGACUUGGUUGGCGAUAUCGAUGUCUCGGCUCUUGAAUCCGCGGGUGUCUCCCCAUCCGCGUCUUCGGCGGCUGCGGCGGCUGCCGCCUUCGCGGGAGCUCGCAAGCGCGCCGCUGGUCCCGACGACCGGGCCCACAAGCGUGUACGCAAAUCCCGUCUGCCGAAGGACUUCGAUCCGGCUAAGAAGCCUGACCCCGAGCGUUGGCUACCCAUCCGCGAUCGCUCCUCUUACCGCCCCAAGGGUAAGAAGGGCAAGCAACGCGCUGCGGCGCUUACCCAAGGUGGACCUGUUAGUGAGAAGGUUGAGGAAUCGCCUGCUCAGCAGAAGACUGGUGGAUCCAACGCCAAGAAGCCUAAGAAGAAGGGAAAGCGGUAG